AUGGGCUGCGGCAGCUCAAAACUCAAAGGCGACGAAAUAACCGACCUCAGCUCCCCUCCUCUUCCUCCCAAUCCUUCCAAAUCUGAGAGAUCUUCCGCCUCCUCUUCCGCUCCUCAACCCAUCAACACCACCACAACAACAACCGACUCCCACCUCCCCUCAAACCAAAACCCAACCAAAAACGGCUUCCAAUCAACCUUUACCCACACCCUUCCCCCUCAGAAAGAACACAAACAACCACCAAAAAAACAAUCCCUAUCCCAACGCUGGAAAGAGCGCAAGGGUGUUCCCGAACCCAAAGAUGAGAACGGGAGGGGAUUGUACUCGGGUAAGACGACGGACGAGUUGGUGAAGAUUGGGGGGAGUCAGGUUGUUGAUGGACGCGUGUACGCAGCGGGGUCGGCUGCUUGA